AUAAAAGCAAUUUAUCUAUUUUUUAUACCUGUACAGUUGGCAUAUCAACAGAAAUGUACACGUAUAAUUGUUUAAUAUAAAAGUUUAUAUUUUGAAUAUCCUGAAUAACCACUUAUACUUUAAUUAAAAUAAAAACUUUUUAACAAUCUAUUUAUUGUCUUUAAUUGUACAAAUACAAAUAUUCUUUGUAGUAUAGAAAUAAUAUUUAUUUCUUUGAACAUAUUAUAACAUUAAAAACAAAUGAAAGUUAUAGUAAUAUUCAACAUCUUUUUCUUAAUUCAACUCGUCAAAAAUAUAUUUAAAAAUUCACAUAUAAAUUAACUAGUUAAUUUAUCUUUUAAAAUUAUGUUUUAUUGUCAUUAUGGUACAUAUACGUAAAAAUGUCUCGGCCUUUGUUAAAUUUAUCUAAAAGCGGUCUUAAUGUCAAUGAAAGUCGUAAAUUAUCAACUAAAACGCUUAAAUUUAAAAAGUCAAUAACUGUAACAAGUCGAAAAUGCAGUUCAAAUUUGAAAAAUCAAGACCGAUUAUUAGGAGGAGCAGAUGCACCCGUUGAAACAGAAGAUAUAAGCACGACAAAAGAAAUUACUGAGGAUACUUCUAUUGAAGUGGAAACUGUUGAUCAAACAUCUACUUCUAACAUAGAAAAUGGAAAAAUCUCAUUUCCCUCAAGUGGACCAUGUUGCUCUUGUUUAUCACAAGUACCAGGAUCAACUGGAGAUAAGAAGGUAGAUGAAAUGAUCGACGAUGUGCAUCAAAAUUUACAAGAAGCGGGUAAAGCAUUGGCCACCUUAAGCGAAAAUUUUGAGCACGAAUCAAAGGUUGAGCCCUGUACGCAAGUAGAAUCAUCAUGAAA